AUGGGGGGGGAGGGGGGCAGCGGCGGAACGUUUGAGCUGGCGUUCCGGGAGGGAUAUGGCGACCUGCUGCAGUACUGCUGGCUGUCCCGCCGCCUCCUGGUGGCUGGUUUCUCCACCGGCUACCUGGUCGCCGUGGCGCUGAGCGGCGGCCUGCAGCCCGGCAGCGGCAGCGGCACCGAGCUGCUCAGCUCUCGGGCCCUGCAUCACAGCGGGAGCGCGCUCAGCUGGUGCGCCGCCACGGGCAUGCUGGCGGCGGGGGCCGGCGGCAGGCUGGCGCUGUUCAGCUGCGCGCUGGAGGGGCCCGAGGCGCCGCGGGUGGUGCAGCAGCCAGGUGUGACGGAGCUGGAGGGCGCGCACCGCGUGGCCAGCCUGCAGGCCAGCCCCUGCGGCCGCCUGCUUUCGGUGGGCACCGAGUCGGGCAAGCUGCUGCAGUUCCUGGCCAAGCCGCCGCUGCUGCACGGCGCCUGCGGCGGCAAGCUGGCGUACGUUGACCCCGCCGCCUCCCUCACCCAGGCCCUCCUGCUGGACACAGCCAGCCUGCAGGCCCAGCAGCAGCAGCAGCAGCAGCAGCAGCAGCAGCAGCAUCGGCCGGCGGUGCCGCUGCCGCUGCCUGUGGAGCCAGAGCUGCUGGCGCUGGGGCCCACGCACCUGGCGGCGGCGGUGGGCAACAUGGUGUGGCUCCAGGCGCUGGAGCCCAACCCCAGCACCGGCCUGCUGCCGCCGCCGGCCGAGGCAGAGUUCCCCACCGAAAUCCGCUGGCUGCGCCUCAACGCCUCCUGCCUGCUGCUGCUAGGGGAGGGCGGCCGCGUGUUUGUGCAGCUGGGCGGCGCCGACGGUAGCGGCGAGGUGGUGGAGCUGCGGGGCGAGGACGGCGAGGCGUUCAGCGCGGGCUGCGCUGCCCUCACCGAGCGCAGCAUCCUGCUGGGCCUGCCCGACGGCGCACUGGCCUCCUACCGCUGCUCCGACGCGGCGCUGGUGAGCGAGUACCAGCACGGCGGCGGCGGCAUCACAGCCGUCUUUCCCAACCAAGACGGCACCAUGGUGGUGAUCCAGGAUGCCAGCGGCGGCACCGUACUCUAUCACGCCAUGCGAGGCCAGCUCAUGCCGCUGCCUGAAUGGAGCGGCGAGCUGCGGGCUGCAGGGUGGGAUGGCGGCGACCCAGGCCUUCUGGCGGCAGUGAAUGAAGCAGGCCUGGUCCACGUGUACUGCCACGUCCCGCACUCCGUGCAAGGCCCUGGCGUGAAGCUGGUGGGCACGCAUGCGGGCAGCAAGGAGGCGGUACCGCUGGCGCUGCUCAACGGCGCGGUGACCUGGCACCUGCCCGACGGCUCCCUGGACACCCAGCUGCUGGACACCCACCAGCACCAGGGCGAGCCCGGGGAUAGCCCCAUGGGCAGGGCCGCCAGCAGCCGGGGCCGGCAUGCGCAGGCGCCGGCGCCGCCGCCGGCCGGCUGGGGCACGCCCGCCGCCGGUGCCGACCCCAACCCCUCCCGCAGCAAGCCCAUGACUCGCCAGAAGCUGCUGGUGGCCCGGUGCCAAGAGGCGUUGGCCCUGUGCCACUUUGCGGCUGCCCUGGGUGCGGCACGCACGCUGGGCGGCCCGCAGCUGCUAUGUGAGCUGGCGCUGACGGCGCUGCAGUUCCUCGAGCUGCGGGUGGCGGUGGCGGCGCACGAGACGGCGGGCGACGAGGAGGCGCUGGCGCAGCUGCGGCCGCUGCUGGAGGUGCAGGAUGAAAACCUGGUGACGGGGCGCAUCCAAGAGCUGGAGCCGCAUGCGGUGGGCAGCCUGGCGCUGCUGCGGGCGCAGGCGCUGGAGGCGGAUGGGCAGGUGGGCACAGCCAUGGCCUUGUACCAGCAGGCUCUGGCGGAGCCAGACCUCGUGACGGGAGGUGCCGCGGCCGCGCACCAGCGCCGGGCCCAGUGCGAGGCGGGCAGGGCGAGGUGCAGCAUCCUGCUGGGGUAUGUGGAGCAGGGCAUGGAGCUGGCAGCGGCCAGCGGCAGCGCCGACCUCGUGCUGGAGUGCGCUGCGCUGCUGGACCAGGCGCAGCAUGCCAAGGAGGACCUGCACGGCAUCACCCGCUUCCUGCACUUGGAGCCGCUGGACAACCGCGCCCUGUUUGUGCGCACCCUGGAGCGGCCCAUCAAGGCGCGCGCCUCGCUGGGGCUCAAGCGCCUGCAGGUAGGAUGGGAGGCGGGCAGGGGGAGGUGA